CAACCCAUAAAAAGUUGCAUAACCCGACCUGCCCUAGACUCACCGGACCACACCGUUAAACACUUUAUAGACGACAUUAACAAAAGACGACGGCGACAAAAAUAAAAGCCGAACAAAAGGAAAUUUAAAGGGAGAGGAGGAAGGAAAAAACAUGGCGCUGAGGCAGAUUAUAGCAGGGGAGACUCUACCAUCCCUCUUGAAAGGCCUUACCAAGGAUCUCUCCAAACCUUCUAUUGCACGUCAACCUUUGCCUUCACUCCGACGAACUUUCUCGCUCUAUGAUCAAAUCAAUCUCAUCGAUAAUGUGCCGGAAGAUCAACUCCGCUUUCAAGAGUUUGAUGAAACUGGAUUUAAGGUUAAUGGAGUCAAGUAUGAAGGUAGCUUGCUUUGUGUUGGUAAUUUGUUGAUGUCAUGGAGUCCUAAGAAGUUUACUGACAUUACUCCUCAAAGCCUGUCCAUCUUCCAAAUUCUUCGGCCUAUACCAGAAAUUUUAAUUAUUGGAUGUGGAAGGCACAUUCAACCAGUAAAUUUUGAACUUCGGAGCUAUGUUCGUUCUAUGGGCAUGAAAAUAGAAGCAGUUGACUCGCGCAACGCUGCCUCUACGUACAACAUUUUGAACGAGGAAGGUAGAAUAGUUGCAGCAGCUCUCCUCCCAUAUGGCGAGUCCUCAUAAUCGAAGUAUACGAUCAUCUGAGCAAUAUCAAAGUUUUCAGCUAAUUAUUGCCUGCUUUUGAUGCUGCCUUGAACUUUCCAAGUUUGGUGCUUUUCUUUUGUAGUUGGUGUGCUUUAUGCAAGAUCACGGGUUAGAACAAGUUAAAAAAAAUACUCGAGAGAAAGCUGAAGCUGCUUAUCAUUUCUCGCGGAAGUUGUCUAUGUCUUGUACAUUUGCAUAUUUGGUCUGUUGAGUCGAUAUCGUUCAUGCAGAAUUCGAUCUGCACAAAACUAUGGAUGUCAACCUAAAUGCUUUAGAAUUCAGAUGAUUAAUCAAUCUGAGAAUUACCUCUCU